CACGCCGGCAAUUGCCGUCGGAGCGCGACGAAAGCGUCCGCAGGCGAGACGCACGAGUGACAAGUGCAACGCUGCCGCGAAACGUGGCACGUCAUUUACUUCUAGUUCUUUCUGAUUUUCCACUUUUCUUUACGACUUAAAUAUUCAUGUGGCAGGACACUGCAAGUCAGUACGGCGCGUCGUCGUCACAUAGCCAGUACUAUGGUCAGACUCCCCAACAAGGCGUACCCCUUCAAUUCUACGCGCCUGGACCAGACCAAGCGCAGUUCUAUCCAGGGUCUCGUUCCAGUCUGGAGGGGAACAUGGGUGCACAUGUGCCAAUAGGACAAGGAGGCCCUGCUCCAGCAUUUGGAGGGAAUAUUCAGCAACAACCGGGCGGGUGGUGGACCGCGUUCGGAACUGGUGGUUUUGAAGGAGAGCCACCGUUGCUGGAGGAGUUGGGGAUUAACUUCUCUCACAUACGUGCCAAGUCUAUGACAGUUCUCAAUCCCUUAAGACGUGUUGACGAGCGGAUAAUGGAUGAUGCAGACCUUGCCGGCCCACUCUUGUUCUUCUUCUGUUUUGGAGUCCUUUUACUACUAUCGGGGAAGCCUCAGUUUGGAUAUAUAUAUGGCUUCGGAUUGCUUGGCUCCAUCUCCAUUUACACCUUACUAAAUCUCAUGUCGGAAAACGGCAUCGAUGCAUAUCGUGUGGUAUCUGUGCUAGGCUAUUGUUUAUUGCCAAUGGUGGGCGUCGGUGCAAUCAGCGUGGUUGUUACAUUAGACGGUAUCCUUGGCUAUGUCCUGUCCUUGUUGUCCAUCAUAUGGUGCACUUUCGCUGCUUCCGGGAUAUUUGUAGCUGUGUUGAGGAUGUCGGACCAACGUCUUCUCGUCGCAUAUCCAGUUGCACUUCUCUACGGGUGCUUUGGCUUACUGAGUGUAUUUAAUGUUGGCGCAGGAAGCACAGCCAGAUAGACACUUGCAUUACAUUUGUUUUCCCUCCCAUAAUCAUGAUACU